AUGAGUGGUGAGAUGAAUGUCCCUACUGUAGGAGUGAAUCACGAAACAACGUCUAUUAAUAAGACUACAGCCGGUCAACUAGAUAAUAAUAUUGAAGCUAAUAACCUCUCUAACGGUAUAACUACGCCAGAUCUGUUGAAAAGAACCUCACUAGGUGAGAUAGUCAAUGUUUCUGAAGGGAAGACUAAUGAGAAUUGUAUCAAUACUCCUAAUGCACAUGGAUCUCUUUCAUUGCAUAAUAAAACAUUGACAUUGCAAGAUAUACUAGAUCAUUCAACAAAUGGUAUAGCAAACAAGAAUAUUGAUCAAAUACCUGGGAUAUUCCUUCGUAUGCCCAGAAUUGAUGCGAUUAAGCCAGGUUCGACUAUUGAAAAUAGUGAAGGUUUAGUACAGGAUAAGAAUAACCUUUCCAACCAUGACUUCAUGAAGGAAAGCGGCACAAAGGAGAACUCGAAUGAUAACAAUGGAUCUAAAUCAGCAAAUGACAUGAUUUCAAUCCCUAGUAGUAACCAGUCAACGGCAACUGUUAAAAUGUUUCAAAGAAUGGAUGAGUUAAGUGUUAGAAUGAUCGCAAUGGAGGAAAUGCUACACACGUUAUGCAAUACUGUAAACCAUCAAAAUACAAUUAUCAUGAAUCUUGAAAGCCAAAGUAGCAAGAAUUACAAGAGUAUUAAUAAUUCGUUAGAUAAGAUCAACAACGAACUUCAAUUUAACAAACUCACAAAUAACGAUAACUCCUCCAAUCCCCAUCAAGAUGCAUUUGUUACAGAUAUGUUGAAUUCUAUAACGAACGUCAGUAGUAAAUAUUUGAGAAAUAUAAAGAACAGAUCUGAUAAUAUCACUGAAAGACCGCCGACGACAAAUUUACCAAUCAAUACUUCACAAAGUGAAUUAGAUGCCCCAACAUCUAAUUCAACUUCUGACUUAAAAUAUAAAAAUAAUUUACCAAACAAUCAUACAAAUACACAUGAAAUAAACAAUAGUAGAUAUAUGCAUCAAUCGAAGAGUUACUCUAAUAUUAAUUCAUAUAUCAAUUCUCAAACUACUAAUAAUGAUCAUCAGAAAUUGAAGAAUUCACACUUGAAAAGCAAUAUCGCACCUUUUAAACAUAAUAAUAUUUCGUCUACCUUCACAUUAAACCCCAAUGGUAUAAAAAAGAGAAAAAAUGUUCAUGUUAGCAAUAGUAUCAAUGAUUUGUUUCUACUUGGAAAUUCACAAUUUAACCUUCUUAAUAAUAUCCCAAAUAAUAUUCCUAAUAACUUGUAUAAAAUGGACACAACUGGUAAUAACCCUUCUAUCAAUGGAAUGGGCAAUACCAACGUUGAAAACGCUGCGCCAACAACUGAGAAUGGUGCUCUAGUGGGAACGGGGGGUUUAAACCCAACUAAUUCAGCGAGUCUUCCGAAUCUGACGCUUGAGAGCGCAGAAUUAUCACAUUUAUUGAAGCCAAAUACUAUUAAUAACAUCCAUAAUGAAUUAGAAGCAUUUCAAGAUGACCCACAGCAGGCAAAUUCAAGCGCUUCCAAACCGUCUGAAGUAAUUACAAAUGAUGUGGCCAGACUAACAUCUAUUAUGGAUAAACCUGAAUUUGUUGCUUCAAGAGAUAGCACAGGUACUAUAAAACGUAGUUACGGUUUACUCUCAGCAGAUGACCAUGAAGUUGACGAUGAAGUUGAUGAAGGAUAUGAUGAAGAUGAUGAUGGUUAUCAGGAAGAUAAUGAUGAUGACAACGAAAAUGACAAUGACAAUGACAAUGACAAUGACAAUGAGAACGACAAUGGUAAUAGUGACGAGAAUGGUGAAUCUAAUACAAGUGAAAUUAAGAAACCGAAUACGAUGAAAAGGCUGAACCGUGGUAAAUUGAAUAAGACUGGAAAUUCUGGGUAUAAUGGGUUUAACAAAGUUAGCGCCAAUAAAGAGCUUGAUAUUGAGAAUAAAAGAUAUAGUUUGCUGAAAGCACCAAAUAGUGUAAGAACAAUAUGGGAGGAGUAUGUUCAUGGGAUUAAUGGCGAACCCGCGAUUAAGGACUUAGAAGAAGAAUUUGGAAGUAAAUGGAGGAAAACUAAAAAUCGGAAGACUUUCGCUAGAAGAAAGAGAUUAUACAAAUUUAUUCUUAAGGGAAUUGAGAAUGGAAAAACUUCUGAGGAAAUGAUUUCUAUAUUAGAGAAUCGCCGUUUAUAUAAAGAUGAUAAAGGUAAUCUAAAAAGAAGAACUAUUGGUUGGUUACAACAAAGUUUAUCGGGUAUCUGA